CGGGCACGCUAGAAAAGGAGGCGUCCGCAGCCCGGGAUGCACUCCCAUCGCCCGGCGUCUUCUGGGUCCCAGCGCCGCGAUCCCCCCGGAGCCCGCUCUGCCCAGGUGGGACCAGAGCCCCGCGGAGAGCCUUCGAGUGUACCACCUCUCUGCUCAGGCUGCAGGUACGAGACCAUGAGCUGUCUCCUGAGUAAUAUCGUCCCCGUGGUGCUGGCCCUGCUGGUCUGGGGAACCCAGGGCCUUUUCCUCCCCAACUCCACACACCUGGAACGGCUGCUCCACAAGUACCAGCAGGAGGAGCCGCAUCCGCGUGUGCGCAGGGCCAUCCCCAGGGCUGACCGGGAGGAGAUCCUCAGGUUGCACAACAAGCUGCGAGGCCAGGUGUACCCCCCUGCCUCCAACAUGGAGUACAUGACCUGGGAUGAUGAGCUGGAGAGGUCUGCAACAGCGUGGGCACAGGAGUGCCUAUGGGAGCACGGGCCUGCUGGCCUGCUGGUGUCCAUCGGGCAGAACCUGGCAGUGCACUGGGGCAGGUACCGCUCUCCUGGGUUCCAUGUGCAGUCCUGGUAUGACGAGGUGAAGGACUACACCUACCCUUACCCCCAUGAGUGCAACCCCUGGUGCCCAGAGCGGUGCUCAGGGCCCAUGUGCACCCACUACACACAGGUAGUCUGGGCCACCACCACCAAAGUCGGCUGUGCUGUGCACACCUGCCCGAAGAUCAAUGUCUGGGGAGACGUUUGGGAGAACGCUGUGUAUCUCGUCUGCAAUUAUUCUCCGAAGGGGAACUGGAUUGGAGAGGCUCCCUACAAGACCGGCCAGCCCUGCUCUGAGUGCCCGCCCAGCUACGGAGGGAGCUGCAGAAACAACCUGUGCUACCGAGAAGAGACCUACUAUCAGAAAACCGAGACGGACGAGAUGAAUGAGGUGGAAAUGGGCCCCACUCCCGAGGAAAGCCAUGUCUGGAUCCAGCCGAGGGUGGUCAGACCCUCGAAGCCCAAGAAGACCCCGGCCAUCAGCUACAUGACCCAAGUGGUCCGCUGUGACACCAAGAUGAAGGAUAAGUGUAAGGGUUCCACGUGCAACAGGUACCAGUGUCCAGCAGGCUGCCUGAACGACAAGGCGAAGGUGUUUGGAUCUCUGUUUUAUGAAAGUUCUUCCAGCAUAUGCCGGGCUGCUGUCCACUAUGGCAUCAUAGAUGACCGAGGUGGCCUAGUAGACAUCACCAGGAAUGGGCAGGUGCCCUUCUUUGUCAAGUCUCAAAGGAAUGGUGUGGAGUCGCUGAGCAAAUACAAGCCUUCGAGCUCCUUCACCGUAUCAAAAGUGAAAGAGCAGGACGUGGACUGUCAUGCGACAGUUGCUCAACUUUGUCCCUUCAAGAAGCCGGCCAGCCACUGUCCGAGGGUCCACUGUCCUGCGCACUGUGGAGAGGAGCCGUCCUACUGGGCCCCGGUGUUUGGAACCAACAUCUAUGCUGACAGUUCCAGCAUCUGUAAGUCAGCCGUGCACGCAGGCGCCAUCGGAGACGAGAGCGGUGGCCACGUGGACGUGAUGCCUGUAGGCAAAAAGGACAGCUACGUGGGCUCUCUCAGGAACGGGGUGCAGUCAGAGAGCCUGACCGCCCCUCAGGAUGGAAAUGCCUUCCGGAUCUUCGCAGUCAGGCAGUGAACGUGCAUCGCCAGGGAGAAGGGGGCAUCCUCCACUGGGAUUUGGGGUCUUGCUUUUUAGCCUUACUUUGUCCUGUGGGGGUGGGGUGGGGCCACGGAGGGUCAGGGAACGUCCUUUCAAAGGUAUGCAUCAUCCUGUCCCUUCGUAGCCUUCGGUGAGGGUGACAGGGCAUCUCUGCCCUGUGAGUGCAGGCUCAGCCUUGGGGUCUCAGCUGGACAACCGAUGCCCAGACCUGUCAGGCGUAUCCCCAUCUGGUGGCUUGUCUCCUUUCAGGAGUUCAUCAAGAUAACCCUUGCCACAUGUUCUUCGGUGGGUGGCGGGAAAGGAGUCCAGACCCCUCCACCAAGGACACAGGUUUCAGAGAUGUUAUGCAUGGCUCUUGUCUGGAGGAGACGACAGUCCUAAUUUAAAAAUAAAAGUCACAGUCUGUCCCUCCGAAUGGAGAAAUAGGUUCCAUGUUUGCUGGUCAGACAGAUGGGCUGGAAGAAGAGGCUCAGAGCGAGACUCGGGGUCUGCCCUGGUGGCGUCCUUACUCGUGGCCCCAUCUCUCUGGGCAGCCACGUGGCUGUGUUCAACAAAGCUUGUCUAUUUAGAGUUGGAUAGCACUCCAGGGGUUUAUCUGGUCUUUGUUCCCGUCUAGGUGGCCUGUUUUCAUGUGACUGUUGGUCUCAUUGAGGACCAAAGCACCAGGAGCCUUUGCUACCCCAUCCCCCGCCAUGGCUCCUGUCCCACCCAGGCUGGCCUCUGUGUCCUCCCGGGCUUGGCUUAGAGAGACACUUGGUCUCUCAGGUGUUGGCCCACAGCCUCUGAACAAGGGCUGCCUCACUGUGUGUAAGUGACAGCUCACUGCCGCUCUCCCCCUAGUUUGGGUGACCUAGUUUUUAACUGUGGGAGGAAUGGAUUCUGGGCACAUUCCUCCCUGAGGUUAGUGGCUCUGUCUGUGGUUGUAAAACCCACCUCGGAGCCCCAGCAGUGAGGGGCAUGUAGGAAGGGUUCCUGUUCCUAUCUGUGCCCGCCCCCCACCCCCUCGAGAGUGUUGUGAACUCUGGUUUCCAUCUCUUACAAAUGAGCCCGGCCUGAACCCAUGGUGAAAUGAAACACCCUUUUGUAAAUAGCGUUGCUCUACACAGGGUAAAAUUCCACCUCUAGCCCCUGGCCAGCUCACAGAGCUCCUUGUGAAUGCUGGCUUCAAUGAGGCUUCACUCUCCAGACAAAUGUUCCUCAGGCAAAAGAAAUAGUAACAUCUAAGAGAAUCUGAACAAGGCCCUGUACCUGGGGAACCACCGUAGCACCGUGCUGGGUUGAACCUUUGUUUGUUCAAUACAGGGUUUCACUAUGUAGUCCAGGCUGGCCUUGACUUACUAGGGAGCCCAGGCUGCCCUCAACUUGUGAUCCUCCUGCCUCAGCCUCCCGAAUGCUGGGAUUACAGGUGUGACCAUCGCACCUGGCUUCCUUAGUUAGGGACUGAGCUGAUGGCUUCCCAAAUCCAGUCUGCACAGGGAAUUUGUGAAAUCAACCCAACUGCUGAGCUAACUUCCAUGGAGCUGUCUCUGCUCACACGGGAGGGCGAGCAUCAUUUGCAAGCGUGGACUUUUCCACUCCAGAUGUCAUAGUAGACACCCACUCAGCCUAUUAGGCAUCCCAAACAUUCAGGAAACUUCCAGAUGUGAGGGGUGCUGCAGGACUCUGGCUCCAUCCACCGUGCUAUGGUGUCGCAGGGCUGAUGUGGUCAGGAGAGCCAGACCCCUACUGGGUUCCUAGAACGAGAGGCCAUCCCCAUCCCAGGGAGCCCUGUGUAUUGGAACUUGCAGUAUGAGUUGUGCUAUCAUUUGAACUUGUGUCUCCCAGGUUCCUCCAAGUUCCCCAGUGGCCCUUCCAGCAGGGCAGGGGCCUUGCCUGGACCAGCCCCAGCCCCGUUCCUCAUAGUCACCGAUAGUUUGAAACUGGAACUACACUAAGUUACAGAUGACAAGGCCAUGGCAUUGGGGCGACUCUGGCCCUGUGUCCCCACUGGCUUUCCCAGAUUUAAACCACGCCCAAGCCGGCUGUCUCACGUCGCCUGCCCAGUGACAGUUUCCGUUUGUUUUGGAGUCAUGCCCAGGUGUGUUGGGAAGGAUGUGUGGACUCUCCAUUUGUCUGUAGGCUUGCGGGGCCCACAGUUUACUGUGUGCUUUUUUUCUAUGAAAAAUGAUGUAUUUUACUACUUCCUGUGUACAAGAGUUUAUUGUAAAUGUUUUCGUGCUUUGCGUGAACAAGGGCCACACUGGUUGUUGCUAUGGUUUCAAUAAAAAUGGUUUGAUUUCUAACACAUUCUGUA